CACCCCCCAAAAUCCCACUCCCUCCCGAGUCCCGACACCCCCGCCGCGUCGAUCGAAUCCCGAAUCCCAAUUCCCGGCCAGCCGCCAUCAGCGCCGCCGCCGCCGCCGCCGCCGCGAUGAGCGUGGUGGGGCUCGACGUCGGCAACGACACCCUGGUGGCGGCGGCGGCGCGGCAGCGUGGCAUCGACGUGCUGCUCAACGCCGAGUCCAAGCGCGAGUCGCCCGCCGCCGUCGCCUUCUCCCACAGCGCGCGCCUGCUGGGCGCCCACGCGUCGGGGGCCGCCUCCUCCCACGCCCCCUUCUCCAGCCCCAAGCGCCUCCUCCUCCUCGCCUCCCGCCCCGUCCCCCGCGACCUCCCGCGCCUCCCCUUCCCCGUCGACGCCGCCGGCGGGGCCCGCGUCCACGUCGACCACCUCGGCCGCCGCAUCGCGCUCUCCCCGACCCACAUCCUCGCCAUGCUCCUCGCCUACCUCCGCCAGCUCGCCGAGGACGACCUCGGGGCCCCCGUCGCCGACUGCGUGAUCUCCGUGCCCUGCUACCUCACGCAGGCGCAGCGCCGCGCCUACGCCGACGCCGCGGCCGUCGCGGGGCUCCGCCCGCUCCGCCUCAUGCACGACCUCGCCGCCACCGCCCUCGGCUACGGCCUCUACCGCUCCGACCUCGGAGUCGCCGGGGGCCCCACCUUCGUCGCCUUCGUCGACGUCGGCCACUCCGACACCCAGGCCGGGGUCGUCGCCUUCGACCCGUCCGGGAUGAAGGUGCUGUCGCACGGCUUCGAUGCGGACCUGGGCGGCCGGGACUUCGACGAGGUGCUGUUCGAGCAUUUCGCAGAGGAGUUCAGGGACAGGUAUAAGAUCGAUGUCGUGGGUAAUGUGAAGGCGAGCAUGAGGCUGAGGGCCGCCUGUGAGAAGGCGAAGAAGGUGUUGAGCGCGAAUGCCGAGGCGGUCGUCAACAUAGAGUGCCUCAUGGAGGAGAAGGAUGUGAGGGGGAUGAUCCGGAGGGAAGACUUCGAGAAGCUCUGUGCUGAGCUGCUGGAGAGAGUUGUUGAGCCGUGCAAGAGGGCGAUGGCAGAUUCAGGUAUUGGAUUGGAUAAGCUGCAGUCUGUGGAGCUCGUUGGGUCAGGGUCUCGGGUACCUGCUAUUGCUAGAGUUCUGGCCGGAUUCUUUAGAAGGGAGCCUAGUCGCACAAUCAAUGUCAGUGAGUGCGUGGCUCGUGGUUGCGCGUUGCAGUGUGCAAUGCUUAGUCCCACAUUCCGUGUUCGGGAGUAUGAGGUGCAAGAUGUAAUCCCUGCCUCAAUAGGAUUUUGCACAAAUGAAGGCCCAAUAUCAGCAUUGACGAGCAACGCAUUGUUCCGGAGAGGCCAGCCCCUUCCUAGUGUUAAGAUAAUUACUUUGCAUAGGAACAGUGGUUUUACUUUGGAUGCUUUUUAUGUGGAUGAGAAUGAACUGCCCCCUGGCACCUCAACACAAAUCGGUAGUUUUGAGAUUGGACCUUUCCAAGCACAUAGUGAAAAAUCUAAAGUGAAAGUGAAAAUCCGGUUAAAUCUCCAUGGACUUAUUUCAGUGGAAUCAGCUGUUUUGAUUGACGAAGAUCAAAGGGAUGCAAAUUCUGCUGACUCUAUGGAACUCGAUUCCAAUGAUAACAUGGAUCACAAGUCGAGAAAUGAACGGCCAAUGCACCGGCAGGAUUUGCAAAUUGUUGAGUGUAUUUAUGGUGUAAUGAGCAAGCAGGAAUUGCUGGAAGCUCAAGAGCAAGAACAACAACUGGCCUAUCAGGAUAAACUUGUCGAGCGAACGAAAGAGAGGAAGAACGCAUUGGAAUCCUACGUGUACGACACCCGUAAUAAGCUUUCUGAGAGGUAUCGGGGCUUUGCUACUGAUUCUGAAAGGGAAGAAAUAUCAGUUAAUCUACAGCAGACAGAAGAUUGGCUUUAUGAAGAAGGUGAUGAUGAGACUGAAGCAGUUUACACUAGUAAACUCGAGGAGCUAAAAAAGCUUGUAGAUCCCAUUGAAUAUCGUUGUAAAGAUGAGGAAGCCAGAGCUGAAGCUACAAGGGAGCUUCUGAAGCGCAUUGUUGACCAUAGAAUGGCUGCCAAGUCAUUAUCUGCGCCUGAACGAGAUGCUAUUGACAAUGAGUGCACUAAAGUUGAGCUGUGGCUGAGGGAGAGCUCGCAACUACAAGAGUCCUUGCCCAAGAAUGUUGACCCUGUAGUUUGGUCUCAUGAAAUCAAGAAAAAGGAAGAGGAGCUGGACAUGUCAUGUAGCAAAAUAGUAACUAGCAAGGCACGGGGGCAUGACAACGAUGAUGGAUGCUAGCGGGUUCAGAUCAAAUGCAUAAAUCAGAUAGAUAUAUUAGACCUUGCUGAGGAUUCCCUGCAGAAUGGCCAUGGCCAAGUUUGAUAUUUUGUAGAGAUAUACGGGCGUACGAAUUUCUUCUAACCUUGCCAUACGACCAACUCUGUACCACACUGCCCGCCAUUGGGUGCCUGCAUCUCAGUACACUGACGUGCAGUUUUCACUAGCCAUGAUUGUUGAUACAUGUGAAUUCUUUUUCUUCUCAAUCAGAUAAAGGUUAUUGUCUGCUUUAGUUUGAUGUGAACGAAAAAGCUGAGAAAUGGAAGCAAAUUUGUGUGCAAUGUA